GCGCAGGCUCCCGCUGCUGUGCAGGAAGGAGCGAGGGGUGCUGCAGGCGGAUCGAGGGUUUUUUGGGGUGCCACAGCCGAUUUUUCCCCCUUCACCAGCACCCCUAGGCGGGUGCAUGCAGCGAGGGCUCUGUUUGCUGUGAGAAAAGGGCGAAAGGGUCCCAGAGCCCUGCGGGCAGCAGCCCCCCGGCCGCCCAGCCUCGGGCAUGGAGGCACUCCGUGAGGCGGGGCUGGAGCUGCAGCAGGAGCUGGAGCUCUUCCCCGGCCGCAGCGUCGCCCUCCUCCUCUUCACCGGCGUGCAAAACGCGGCCGCCCUGCGGAGGAAAGCCAUGGAGGGGGCCGUGGAAGGAGCGCUCCUCAACCCCGCCAUGAUCGUAGAUCCUUUUCAAGUUCUUGUGGCAGCCAACAAAGCAGUUCAUCUACAAACGAUAGGUAAAAUGAAGACCAGAUCUCUCAACGCAGAAAUUAUUUUCAGCCUUUCACCAAACAACAACAUUUCAGAUGCAUUUAAAAAGUUUGGCAUUUCAGACAGCGACACAGCAGUACUCAUUGUUCUGGUUGUAGACAGAGAAAAACCUCUAAAUCUGGAAGAUAUAGCAUCUCAUGUAGAAGGCCAACAGGUUGCUCUAGAUGAACUUUCCCAACUGACAGACACUGCCAAAGUUAAAAAGAUGUACAAGAUCACUCCACAGGAAGAAAAAAUGGGCACCUUAUUAGACAGUAUUGUUUGCAGAAUGUCAACAAAAGAUGUUUAGUGAAAAUGUGGAAAUAAAUUUAUUUUGAAGGAAAAAGUGGACUUCUUAAGAUGUAAAAACACUUUGCAACUCUGUAUCUCAAGACAAUAUGGUGUAGUACUGAGUUGUUGGUUACAUCUGGGCUUUAACUGAGUAAGCUUGGAUGUGGGGGUUAUCCUGGCUGUAUUCUAAGCACAGAGAUUAGUUUGGCUGUGCUAAGCAGAAUUUGCCAUUGACAAAUUGUCCAUUUUCCUAAUGAUAAAAAAUGACUUUUGCCAGAACCUUAAGCUGAUCGUAAACAGAAAGUUUGGAAAUUUGUACUUACUUUUUUUCAGCAAAUGUUCUGUUAUCCCUCCACAGGUUUCAGAUAUUUUUUAUCAACCCUACCUUGAUUUGAUACCUGAAUUUGAUGCACAAUAUCAUUUUAAUGAUACUACUACCAGAUUUUUCUGUCUCUGUAGUGUGAAGUAUUGCUGAUGGCCUAGGAAAAUGGAAAGUUUCUAUAAACUGUCUUCAGUACUGUCUUUCUACUAAUGGGACAGUCAUUGCCCAGCGUUUGUGAAAAGGAAUGGGGGUGCAUCAUUGCACCCAGCAAUGUGUGCAGAGGUGCAAUGUGGAGCAGGGGUUUCAGUGAUGUGCUGAGGAAUGAUUAAGGUCAGUAUGGAUGGUGCUAACACCAGACAAUCUGAUGUCAUCGGAUGCAGUGUAGUGCUGAAAUACUGCUGUAUUGCUGAGUUAUUUUAGUGUUAGGUUUAAAGGAUAAUGAGAGCUUCUUUUACUGUCUAACACCGAGUGGCAGUGGUGACAUCUGAAAGCUUGGUUACAGGUACAGAAUUCACAGAGAAGUUUGCACCAUAGAUUUACUCACUUUACAUUGUAGAUAUAAUUUACGUGGCAUUCCAAUAGAAUUGUUGAAAUAAUUUUGCUUUGCAGAAUCACUGUUAGGAAAGAGCAUCAAAGGCAGCUAAAGAGAAUGCUGAUUUCCAGCAGUCACCAGGUCCGAGUGCCCUCGGUAUCAUUUGAUCACAGGCACCCUGAUUAAGACAAAUGACUGUCCUAAUUAGGUAGCAGUCUGUAGUUUACUGUUAUGCUUUAUUUUUUUUCUGGGACAUGUAUAAAACUGUAUAUUUCUCUGCAUUUUUUUCCUGAUGUUCUGAGUUGUUAGGUUUUUUGUACUGUAGCCCUGUGAUGGAAGCAUUCUUAUGACAUUAUUAUGGGUUCAAAUCCUUCUUCUGGAUUGUUGCAAUUAGAGAUCUUAAAGAAUUGGUUAGAGGUCCUUUGCAGCCAUUUUUUCUAAGAUAUAGCCAAUAUUUAGCAAAUACCAAGGAAAUGACAAGGUUUAUCAAAAUAAAAUAUUCAAGAGAAGUGGGUGUGCUGGUUUCUUGAUAUGAAAAUGGUUUUACAGAAUGUUUUAUCCUUUCUAAAGGAAAUGUGAGGCAUUAUUAAGAGAUGGAGCUUAGGCAGGGCUUGAGUCUUCCUGAAAUAAAAUAUGAGUAACAUCAGCAUGGCAGAAUGACUGUGGAAAAUAAAAGACUUGUUUUCAUUUUCUGACAGUCCAGUUGAUACAUGGAGUAUGUCAUCAGAUUUGCUGGCUCCACUGCUGACAUCAGUUUGAGUAGUUUAGAAUAACAGCAGACAGGUAUGCUUAAACCACAGCCUUUUUUGAACAUGUAUAAAUCAUCAGUCUGGUCUGGUUAAUAUAAAAGAAAUAUUAAUGAAAAGAUCACUGUGUAAUAACUGAUACACACAUUCCAAACCUGGGUUCUCAGUUUUUAAUUCUAGUGAGGUUACUUCAUUGGUGCAGAACCCAUAACUAGUUUGUUACUGUUGUCAUGUAUUCCAAGUUAAAUUAUGAAAGUGAUUUACUGUGGGAGCUGUUUUCCUGGGUGGAUUUCCAGGGAACGAUUUCAAGAGCUGUAGACUCCAUCACAUUCGGUCAGAAAGGUGAUUUGGAUCUGUUGACAGAGAGGGACUAUGCCAUCACCCUACAUGACCUCAUUUUUCCCCUAGUCGUGACUGCGUUAUCAACUUAUUUACAAAAAUUCAAACAGUAAUAAAUGUAGAUUCUGUUGACCCUGCAAA